AGAAUAAAAAGAUUCAACACGUUAUAGAGUUUUGUCGGCCUUGCAUAUAGUAGACGUAGACAAGACUUAUUUAACAUAGUAAACUGGUAAACGGAACAAGCUUGGAAGCGUUAUUAACAAUGUCUAAACCUUCCAAAACUAAAAGAAGUGACUCCGAAUCUAUUAAACAAGAUCCCAAAAAAAGCAAAAAUGAUGUUUCAUCUAUGGCAGCAGCAAGUAAAGUGAAGGAAUUUUGCAAGAAUUUCAUGGACAUUGAAGACAAGGAAGUUGAAUCCCGGACAGGGGAAAGUGACUUGAAAAUAUUCAAAGAAACAUGUUGUGAAUUAAAAAGAUUGAUGACAGACAUUUUGCAAUUGAAAACAUCUGGAAAAACCGAUGAAGAAACCAGUAAAAAGAUCAUUGAAAAAAGAAUAGAAGCUUCUCUUUUGUUUGUAACAUUGAAGAAGUUAAAUCGAAUAGACAAGCUUAGAUUGAAAAAGGCAAGGGAUACAACCCAUGAUGCCAAGCAGCGUGUGGAUACAUUUCAUUUACAACUAGAAAAUCUGCUGUAUGAAGUCUUUCAUCUGAAGAAAGAAGUGGACAAGUGUUUGGAGUUCAAGUCUAAAGAUGAGGACAUUGAACUUGUUCCUGUUGAGGAGUUUUAUCAGGAGGCCCCAAGUAGCAUUUCUAAAAUGGAAUUGACCAAAAGUAAUCAACACAAAUUGACUUUGGCUCGGUUGGAAUGGGAAUUUGAACAACGGAAACGUCUUUCGGAACAGUGCCGUAGUCUGGAACAAAAUCGAGAAAAGGCAUCCAGUGAAAUCAGUCAGAAACAAAAACAACUUGAAAGCCUGUUACCCAGACUUACUUCCAUACUUGAGUCCACGCGACCCUUACAAGAAGAGCUUAAUUUGCCUGUAGAGCGAAUCAAGUUUCAGAAAGAGUUGGCUGUGUUAUUACCGGAUCCACUUUACAUUUUGUACAGUCAGAUAAAAGCGUUCAUUGAAGCAUGCGAUCCGUCAUUGCAAAUUUCUAUCGAAGGUGGAAUGGAAGAUGCUAUUAAUUUUGGGUCAAAGAAUAAAACUGGUUUGGACGAAAUUCUCGAGGAUGUUGAUUCAGCGGAAUCUGACAUGGAGACGGAAUAUGAAACAAACAAACGCUCCGCGACUUCAAAUAAAAUGAAAACAGAUUGGCAAUUGACUAGGCAUCCUUUACGUAUUCAACUUAAGAUUGAACGCGUUGUCCUUAACUUCACGUAUUUAACAACAUUAAAUAUCGUCACGGUCGACUGCAAGCCCGUUCAGCAAGACGAUGGAGUAAAUCAGAUUUGUAUGAUCGAUAAUCUCCUUUCCGGACUUUUUCCAAACGACCAUGGGGAUGAAUCGCCCAGUUGGGUCAAUUGUUUUCAAGCAAGGUCUAUGAUCAACGGUAAAAUAACUGAACAAGGAAAAUCUUACCUUUGGGCCCAACGUUUAGCUGGGUUAGAUUUCAACGGCAUCGUAAAAUCGACACCUCAAUCUUUCAUCAACACGGAAUUCGUUGAAACGGUUAUUCUUGCCCUAAAAAGUAGGAUUACUUAUCGUUUCCAGUUUGUUAAGGUUUUACACUUACUUGAAAAGGGUGAACUUGAUCUCAAUCAAGACUCAAAUGCUACUUUUCCACCAACAAUCUAUUCUCGACUCGUCUCAUGGACGUCUUCUACGUAUGAAGAAUGCCUCGUAACGUCAAAGAACCUUGAACGGCUGUUGAACUUCCUUGAAGUAAAUCCAAAAAGCCUUUCGUUUUACAAAGCAACUCUUGAAAGAGAAUCCGCAAAACUACUCGCGAUGUUCAUGGUUCCUGUAGACUACCCGAACUCUACACCAAUUUGUUCACUUGAACUUAACUGGAAUGGAAAGCACAAUAGAGAAAAUAGUGAAAUUAUACGCAGAAUCGAAGCGGAGGUUAACGUUCCCAGUACUGAACUUCCUCCUCAGCACAAAGUUGAUCUGCUGACAGUGCAAUUGAAGAAAUUGAGCCUACAUUUGGAUUUGAUUACAGAAAUCGAUGGUCAGUUAAUGAAGAAAGGAGGCGGAAGUUGGCAGUCGCAGUCUAAACCAGAAUUUGCAGCCGAGAAAAUGAUUCCCCAAUUGAUAAAAGGCCAUGAUAGAGCAUAUCCAACAAAAUAUGACACAGGAUCUGGAUUCUUUCUGCACCAUUAAUUGCCAGUUUUUUUUUUACUAAUUGCUAAAAUUCGAAAUACAUCCGAAGAAAAAAAAAGUGAAACAUU